GGGUCUCUUGCGAGUUGCGACUCUCAAUCCAUUUGUCUUCGGCUCUCUCUCUGGUUUUGUUUGAUGAAUUGAAGUCUGAUGUUUCUGCAAAAAAGAUUUCGGAUUUUUACAUUGAUGAAUUACAGAUUUGAGAUCUGCAGAUAAAUUGGUUUGAUUUCACCAUUUUUUCUAUUUAUUUUUAUUUAAUUUGUUUGCUUGUCCCGCUCGUGACCGUAUUUCAUACAAACAGUGCCAUCUGGAAGUUAUAUAUUUGCUCCGGGAAACUCAAAUUUGCCCCUCUGCUUUGGUGCUUCCCCUUUCACUAAUGGCUUCCGCCACCGUCGAUACUCCUUCUCUUCCGGCCGCCGCCGCCGACUGUCCGCUUCAACUUGAUUCAAUACCUACCGUUGAUCUUAGACUUCUGUCCCAAUCUGAGCUCUACUCUCUUUCCCUGUGUUCCCCGGCCGCUUUUGAUCCCCGUCGCUUGGACGACGUCGUUAGCCCUAAACUCGACCGCUCCGUGUUCAAUGAGUCCGCCGGCUCGCGCAAGCAGACUUAUUCGCGUCUCCGUCUGGCUCCGGCUGCCUCUUCCACCGCUCUCCGUAGCCGCACGCCGCAUCUCCGCGCCACAAAUCACAACCCGAAUCAGCCCUCUAUGGAGACUGACCCCGAGAGUUUUCAAAUCGUGUCUCUUCUGAAACAGCUUUUUAAAGCGGAGGCCAAUCCCUCCGACUUAAUUCCUAUUCCAGUAGAUUAUUCGGUCUCGAUUACCCCGGUUACCCAAUUGCCCAAUGCGGCGUCCGCUGGGUUCAAGAGAAAACGUGGUCGGCCGCGGAAGGAUAAAAGCGACAUUGUGAACUCCAAUUUCAGCCAUGCAACUCAUUCCAAUGGCGAUUUGGCGAUGACGAACGUAGUGGUCUAUGAUAAUUCGGUGGAUAGGGAUAACGAGAUUGUGAAUGCUGAUGGUGUGCCCGUGGAUAUGGUGGCUCUGAGCGCGUUGGAGGAUCCAUUUUCCAUGGAGCUGAGGCGGAGGACAGAAGGACUCGAGGGCGAGGAGAAGCUGUUAGGGUUUCUCCAGGGUUUGAAUGGGCAAUGGGGAAGUAGGAGAAAAAAGAGAAGAAUUGUUGACGCCAGCCAGUUUGGGACUACUUUGCCAAAAGGUUGGAAGCUUUUGCUCUCCCUCAAAAGGAAGGCUGGCCGGGUUUGGGUGUACUGCCGUCGCUACAUAAGCCCGAAUGGACGGCACUUUGUGUCAUGCAAGGAAGUUUCCAUAUACUUGCUUUCUCUUCGUGGUGAACAAGGCACCGUUCCAUUUAAUUCUGUUGAGAGUUCCAAAAGCAUCCUUGAUGGUGAUAAACAAGCUUCUACUGAUACAAACAAAAUGCUACAGAUAAGAGAUACUGUUGUUCCAGAUGUUACUAAGAAGGAAAAUGUUGCUAGCCGUGUAUCAUCACCCCCUGUUAGUAAUACGUCUGUUAAUGAUCAGAUACAAGAUGUAUUGAAGCUUGGAGAUCUGCAAGAGGUCCAUGUAGGGGAAAUUGCUCAUUAUGAGAAUUGUAAUUUGGAUUUUGGUAACAAGGAUGAUCUUUUGCAGCACCAGUCUUCUUGUCAGAGGAGAAAGAGAUCAAAAAAUGGUCAAUCCAUUUCUGAUGGGGUAAUUAUUAAAGAUGGAAAGUUUGUGUGCCAGUUCUGCCACAAGUCAUUUGACGAAAGGCAUCGGUACAAUGGUCAUGUUGGUACCCAUGUGAGAAAUCAAGUAAAGAAUGCCAUUGAAUCACUACAGGUGAAUAGUUCACAAACAGAUUCUACACUGCAAGAACCAGUUGUUGCAAACAGGGAUUUUUCAGAAAUUAGUGGCUUGGAUACAAAAACUAAGAUGAAUUCUUCACCUAAAGGUAAUUUUGGUAAUCUGGAUGGCGAGCACUUGGAGACCUUUGAUAAAUCAACAAGUGCUGAUGCCCCUGUGGAUUUAUUUUCUAAUAAAUCUACCAGAUGCUCUACCUCUGAAGCUAUUUUGUCUAAUGAUGAGAACACUGCUUGUUGCCCACCUGCUGCUGAGGAUGCUUCUGAGAAAGCCAAUAAUAGUUAUGAUCAACAAGGAAGGAAUUCAAGCAGCUCUUCACCUUUCCCAUUGAAUGAUAAAUUGGAUAUUGUUAAAAAUAGUGCAACAGGGGGUACUUCUAUUAUAGUGGAGUUUGAAAAGGGUCCAAUUUCUGGAAGUGAUUUACAUUCUUCAGAUGGUAAUGUGGAAGCUUGUGAUGUUGAUGAGAUGCAACUUGACAAGGAUAGGCAUGCUGUAAACAAAGAGUCAAUAUCUGGACUAUGCAUUAAUAGCAGUGGGCUGGAUGGAAAUACUCAGAUAAGUGUGCAACAGCCUUGUGAUGCUGAAUCAUGCAGGGAAGAGAUGAAUGGUGUCUCAGUCUCUUCUAUCCCAACAGGCUCUGCACAAAAAAGUGGUUCAGAAGACUGUUUAAAGACACUGUCAGGGGAUGUGGAACAACGUGCUGGUAAUUUAAAUCUUGUUUUUUCUAGCUGUGUUGAUGAGCAGAGAUUUGAUGAUAUGUCCAGUGUUGAGAAAAAUUACAGUGGUGGUUGUGCCAAAUCAAACAAUGAUAAUGUAAGUAACUUGGAAAUGGAAGAUCAUUUUGGAUGUGCUCCAUCUUGGAAAAAAGAUAUAGAUUCUGCUGAAAAGUAUGAAAGUCAAUUUCCUGAUUGCUUUGAAGAGGAGCCUAGAGAGCAAAAGACUCUUGAGAGUGGCCUGCUUUCCUUGUCAGGUUAUGAGAAGAAUGAUGCAAUUGAAAAUUAUGUUGAUAAUGUUUCAAUGAGGAAGGUUGAUAAUUUGGAUGUCAACAUACUCCAAGAUGUUAAUGUUAAUGAUGAUGAGUUGAUUUUUCCUUUUAGCAGCAGUCAUGGCGCACUAAAUGCUGAUGCUUCUACUGACUUGAAACAGGAUAGAAGUCUUAACUUCUCACUUUUUUCUGAUGGUAAUGAAAACAAGGCUUGCAAAAGUAACGUGGAAAUGUAUGAGCAGGAACCGUCUGAAACUGCAAUGCUUCCUCCGGCUUUUGUGCAGGAAGCUUCUAAUCAAGCGUUUAGUAGAGCUAGGAGCUAUACCAACUCAUUAGAUGGACCUAAACUUAAUGGACUUCAUGGUUCAGUGCAUCAAGAUCUGAAUCUCUCUUUUGGAAAUUCUCAUGUAGAAGUUAGUGCAAAUGCUAAUACCAUGCAACUUCAGCAGCAAGGAUACCCUGCAGGGAGGUCUGGUUUCCAAUUUGGUGUGGGGCAAACAUAUGGUGCUCAAACUAGUCUUCAUAACAUUGAUCACAGAAGAGUAGAAAAUCAGAAACAGGGAGGAGUGCUUGGGGUUGAUUUGCAGAACUCAUCAUUCAAUAGCAAUGUUGUUGAUUUUGGAAAUAAUUAUAAUACGGUUUUCUCUAAUAGUGGCUGGGGAGAACAGAGAAUGGAUGAGGUCGGAAAGUUUGGGAAGAAUAUUAUGACUAGUGCCAGGAGUAAUGUUGUCCAGCCUAACAAAGCUAUAAUGGAUGGCAACAUUUGGAGAACUAGUGUGGGAAAUGUAUUGAAUCAUGAUGGCUCGGCAGCUAAUGCAAACUCACUGGUGCAGUCAUCAAACUGCUUUCAGACCUAUGACAUAAUGUCAGAUAAGGGUGAAGGUCUGUUCAAAUUGAACCAGAACAUCCAGAAGUAUGAUAGAAGUGGGAGUUUUGAAGGGUUGAGAGCAGAGAGAAGCGAGCCAGUGGAAUACAGUUUUAUGGGCACACAAAGUUUGAGCUGUGGCCAACAAGAUUCCAAGGUAUUCUCUUAUGGGGUGGAUAUGGGAGAAGGGUUUAAUUCCCCAUUUUGGCUGGGAAAAGAUACAGGUGUAGCCCCAAAUUUAUCGGGAAGAAACAUGGUUCCUACGGUGUGCAUUUGGUGCAGCAGCGCAUUCUAUCAGGACGCCAUCCAAUCCGGCACACAUGCAGCAGCUGGUUCAAUGUGCCCAACCUGCAGUGCUAGAAUUUAAGGCUUCUUUUGUAGAGUGGUCUCAAUACAUAUUCUGAUUUUGAAAUUCUUUAGUUCAUUGAAGGGUCACUUUACUAUAAUAAAACCAAUCUCUACUGUAAGAAUUAGACUUUGUAUUAGACAUUUUUUUCUUGUCCUGUCUUGUUGCUUAGGGUUAAGAAGUCCAUGUCUCUUUGUUCUUUAAUUUCCUUGACGUCGAUAGGAGGAUUUAGUUUAAAUCUUUAUUAUAUAUUUUUCAAAUCAAAGCUCCGGCACAAUGAUUUGCUAUAGAAA